CUAGCACCAUUCAUUCCGCGGGAACUCCUCAAUCUCUUGCUGGACAACGCUCUCAAUCGACACCUCCCGUCCUCAACCUAGGACCUCAAUCAAUCACCUCGCAUCCAAGGCCUCCUCUGGUUUUUGUCCAGUACUCUUCCACGCCAUCCGAAUCCUCGCAGCCAGACUCUGUCACUCGACAAAGUCGUUCUCUCGUCGCUCGAAGUGAUCCGCGGAUUAGCUCUUCCCAGUCACCGCGUAGAGCCGGUAGUCCCUACUCACGACCACCUCAACUUCCGAGAGCUCAUUCCCAGCCCCGCCCAGCAACAAUGUCUUCCGCUUCCACUCCCAGCAACACCUCCACUGCCGGUGCUUCGUCUGGGUCCAACCCUUCCUACCAGCUUCCCUACGCCCCAUUCCCGUACCCGAUGCCUGCCAACGGCGGCUCAGGACAGCAGGGUGGCAAGGGCGGCAGCGGUAAAUAAAUGGCUGAUUCCUGUCGACUCUAUUUUCCUAGGACCGUCUUCGAUGCAUUUCUGGCGCGCAAAAUGUUUCCUUUCUGUCGACUGGGUACGACCUCUACGAACGAACGCCAUGGCACGACACUAGAAUUUACACUACAAUGAGUCUCGCGGCUCGAGCAUGAUAUCUUACGGUCAAAGCAUUUCUCGGCGCUGGAUCACGAUUUGCACACGAGUCUCUAUCUUUGAUCUUCUUUCCUGUCUUUGAGCAUUUGCAUGGUUUUUGUUUUCCCGCGGCAUUCUCUGGAGUCUUGUUCUCUGGUCUCUUCCGGCACCCACAUUCCUUUAGCAUCACGACUCUCUUUUCGUCCUAGCAUAGC